AAGGUCGAAACGGCAAUUCAUCGUCUCUUCCACCAAACUCCAUUAUCCCUGUCAGACGAAAGACCCGUGCCGGGAACUACAACGAUCAGUUAAAGAUCUCUUUGAAUGAUGUUUGGGUUCGGAUUCGAAUAUUUACAUGCCAUUGAAGGUGUGUAGGUAUUUGCUUGGAAAAUAAUGAUUGUAACGAUGGUGGUGAGGCGACUCGGUAAGAUAUCGCGGCUGAUGGGAAACAGAGCAUCUACAUUACUUACUAGUAAUGGAAAUUAUAGUCCCAUAAAUAGGCAGAGCACGUCUUCGACCUAUCGUUACAGCUCCGAUUGCAAUCCCACAAAUAAGGUCUUGAGAAAUCUUCCGCCGUAUGUAAAGAUAGUGGAGGUUGGGCCGAGGGAUGGAUUGCAAAAUGAGAAGGAGAUUGUACUGACCACCGUAAAGGUUCAGUUAAUAAAAAUGCUGGUUUCUUCGGGAUUGAGUGUCGUCGAGGCCACGAGUUUUGUAUCACCAAAAUGGGUUCCACAGCUGGCAGAUGCAAAGGAUGUAAUGGAUGCGAUUCGGAAUAUUCAAGGAGCCCGAUUUCCAGUGUUGACUCCCAACCUUAAAGGUUUUGAAGAUGCUGUUUCGGCUGGAGCCAAGGAAGUGGCCAUCUUCGCCUCAGCUUCCGAGUCUUUUUCCAAGUCGAACAUAAAUUGCAGCAUCGAAGAUAGUCUUUCCCGUUUUAGAGAUGUCACUUCUGCUGCCAAAGAGCUCUCAGUUCCAGUUCAAGGAUACAUAUCAUGUGUCGUUGGUUGCCCGGUUGAAGGAAUGGUGCCUCCAUCAAAAGUAGCGUACGUAGCUAAACAGCUCUUUGAUAUGGGUUGCUCCGAAAUUUCCCUUGGCGAUACAAUUGGUGUCGGCACGCCUGGUACUGUCAUUCCAAUGCUCGAAAAUGUUAUGAAUGUUGUCCCGCUCGACAAGCUCGCGGUCCAUUUUCAUGACACUUACGGGCAAGCUCUUUCUAAUAUUUUGGCAUCGCUCCAAAUGGGGAUCAGCACCGUGGAUUCAUCAGUUUCUGGCCUAGGAGGUUGUCCGUAUGCUAAGGGUGCAUCGGGAAAUGUUGCCACCGAGGAUGUUGUCUACAUGCUCAACGGAAUCGGAAUACAAACAAACGUCGAUAUCGAAAAGCUCAUGUUGGCCGGGGAGUUUAUAUGCAAGCAUUUGAAGCAGCCACCGAGUUCGAAGACGGCAGUUGCAUGGAGUAGUAAGAAGGCUAACUCCAAGCUUUAAGGUAGAUUGUAUUUACUCCCCUGUUUUCAUUGUGUAGAUAUUUACAAUAUAAUG